UGUUUUAAAGCCGGCAGGAGGCAUGAUGUCCUACAUUAAGCAACCCCAUUACGCCGUGAACGGGUUAACGCUGUCCGGCCCGGGCAUGGAUCUGCUCCACACCGCCGCCGUUGGAUAUCCCAGCACCCCGCGUAAACAGCGUCGGGAGCGCACGACUUUCACGCGUGCGCAGCUGGAUAUCCUGGAGGCUCUUUUUGCCAAAACACGCUACCCAGACAUCUUCAUGAGGGAGGAAGUGGCACUCAAGAUCAACCUGCCUGAGUCCAGAGUCCAGGUCUGGUUCAAAAACCGUCGUGCCAAGUGCCGCCAGCAGCAGCAACAGAGCACAGGCCAGUCCAAACCACGGCCCCCUAAAAAGAAGGCAUCCCCUGCUCGUGAGUCCAACACCGAGGCCAGUGCCAACCCCACCAACGGUCCCUACAGCCCACCUCCCCCUCCUCCAGGCACCGCCAUCACCCCCAGUUCCAGCUCUGCUAGUGCCACAGUGUCCAUCUGGAGCCCAGCCUCAAUCUCUCCGCUGCCAGACCCCCUGUCUGCUUCCACCACCCCAUGCAUGCAGCGUACUACCACCUACCCCAUGACCUACACCCAGGCCCCAGCCUACAGCCAGAGCUACGCAGGCUCCUCCUCCUACUUCACUGGCCUGGACUGUAGCUCCUACCUGUCUCCAAUGCACCCACAGCUGUCGGGGACCGGAGGGGCCCUGAGCCCUAUCACAGCCUCCUCUAUGGGCGGGCCCCUAAGCCAGUCCCCAGCCUCACUGUCCUCCCAGGGCUACACAGCCGCCUCUCUGGGCUUUGGAGCCGUCGACUGUCUAGACUACAAAGACCAAACUGCCUGGAAGCUCAAUUUCAAUGCCGCUGACUGUCUGGACUACAAAGACCAGAACUCCUGGAAGUUCCAGGUCUUGUAAAUAACAGGAGGUGGGGCGUGGGGAGGGAGGUAGAGGGAAGAGGUAAGAAAUAAAAAGAUAAUAAUCAAAGUAGGUUGAAAAAAAAAAAAACAAGAUUACUUUCUAUGUGUUUUAGAAAGAGGAAGAGGUAAACUUGGGACACAGAAGUCCGACCAAUCACACAUUGGCUGAGGAAGUGAUCGGCUGAAAUAAACUCUAAGUGUUUGUUGUUUCAGAAAAAUAUCAGUGGGAUUAAUGUGAUCUGUUGAUGCUCGGCUUGGUGAUUGUAACAAAGAGAUGACAAUAGUGUUUAAGCAACAUAGAAAAUCAGCCUUGAAAUCAAGGAAUGACUACAUGUAAGGAAAAAGAGACUGAUGUAUGCAGAACAAAAUCAGACUAGUGAGAACAAGCUUUCCUCUUGAUUCGACUGAUAAAGCUGAGUUUGACUUGGACCAAAUUUAAAGCAGGGCUUAUUUGUAAAAUUGCCACAGCACAACAACUUUUGUAACCUACAGGUUGUUUUUAACAUAGAAUUGAAAUGGACCUUUUACACUGAUGAGAACUUGCAUUUCUUCCUUUCAGACUUCUAAUUUUGUUUUUUCUGUGAUGUUUUUCUUUGAAAAAGCUGCUUUUUUUUUAUCAUUGAGCUUUGAGAAAUGAAAACUUUUCAGCUAACCCGAUGUGACACCUAAAGCAAGUGUCUUUACGGGGUCUUCUCUAAAUCACACACAAGCUGAUGGUUCCUAGUAGCCUUGCAUGACACUGACCCCCUGCAGCCUGUGUGGGAUACGAGCCGAGAGGGGGGGGGAGUAGGUCACUCCUGUGACUGCAGUACGAACCUGUUGCCUUUGAGCAUGGUUGUAAUCAUUAGCAGAAUGGCUAGUACAUUGUUAGUGUAAUAGGAUCACUUCCACACAUUUUGAGGAACAAUGGUCACAUUGUUGCUAGUUGAGGCAGAGGAACCCCUCUUCAUCUCAUAGUGGCAUGAUGAAAGCAGACUGCCAAUAAACUGCUGCAGUGAGGUAUGUGAUGGGAGAGGAGACUGCACCGGAGAAAGGGAAGGGACUGGGCCUACAUGCGGCCGACUCACCCCUCCUCCUCCUUUGCUCAGUUUGGUGCCUCUCUCAGCUCCAACCUGUAAAGAUGUGAUGGGUACCACUUUAUGUGUUUGAUGUUUUGUCUGAUUUUUUUUUUCUUUUUUUUUUUGUAUUAGACUUAAAACAACAUUAAGUUUCUUUUCAAAUUUGUGAAUUUGUUUGAGUAAAAUUUGUGGUAAAUUGUUUUUAAGUUCAUAUUACUAUCAGUACUAUUAUAACUAUCAUCAUUAAUAUUAUGUCUUCUGCUGACAUGGACUUUGCUAAUAUACUUUUUUGUUGUUGUUUUGUAAAUAUUAAAACUUGAAAGUGUAAUCAUGUCUGGUAUCAGCUGUGUGUUGUUACACAGGCGCUCCACCCAACAGACUCUAUCACUCUCUUUCUUAAUUUCUAGAAAACUGCCAACUUUUAAUUUUUUUUCUGUUUAUAUUCUUCUGGUUUCUGCUUCUUCUUCUUCUUCUUUUUUGUCAAACUCAGGGGUUUAUCCAAUAGAAGUAGCAGUAUGCUUCUUAAUCAUUUAUUGUACUAUCACAUUUUUUUGGCUUUAUAAUCAUCUCUGCUUCUUUUCUGAUAUGAAUUAUUUUGUAUAUUUCAUUUGUCUCCUGUGUUUGACCGGUCUCAUCACUACCAUGCCAGAUAGCUACGAUGUUUCUGAGACA